AUUGUCCUUUACUUGCAGCAAUGAAAAUUCUAAAUCUGGUAGAAUGGUCAUGCAAAAAAGAAGAUUUGUUAGAAUUUGGUCAUGAAGAACUGCAGACAUUAUUAAAUCAUUAUGGAACACCAAAAACCAUUAAUGGACAAACCUUUUUACCAUUAAUAGAAUUGGAUUCUUGUAUAGUCGAAUGGUCUGGCUUUAAAAAUAUAGUUUUUUCUAAUUAUUUAACAUUUUCUUCACAAGAGCUACUACCUGUUCUAAUUCGUAAUUAUUCUGAUAUUUUUCCUAAUAUUAUUAAACUAGUUCAUAUUAUUAACAGCAUUCCUUUUUCAAGUGUAAAUUGUGAACGUGGAAGCAAAAAAAGUAGUGAAAUGAAUUGGGAUAAAAUAUAUCAGGAAUGGCAUAAA